AUGGAGUCCGUGGAAGUGCUAGUGGAGCCUGAAAAGAAUAGAUACAACGACACGAAUUUAGCGCUAGGUAAAAUGACAAGGGUUAAAUGUUGUGGUUUUACCUGUCUUUGGAGCCCUGAUGCCGUCAUAUUCUGCGUUCCCACGUUGUUGACCCUAAUACUUGUAUUUGGUGUGCUCUUCACCCUGUGGAAGGAACUAGGAGUGUUUGAGCUCUUUAUCUUGUUUGUAUUCCUUUCCACGGCUUUUGUUUCCUCGUUCUUGGUGACGUGCACUGAUCCAGGCGUGUAUCCACGACUUCGUCACGGUGAAGCGGAUCCACUUGAUGGCGUCCGUGACUUGGUGCUCUGUCGUGUCUGUGGUCUGCGGCGCCCCCCACGCACCUCACAUUGCUAUCAAUGCAACGUCUGCGUGCAGGAGCAUGAUCAUCACUGCGGCGUCAUUGGUGGAUGUGUUGGUCGGAGGAGUCUGCGUUGGUUCUUGUUGUAUCUUUUGACAGUGAGUAGUGCGGCUGCCAUGGGUCUCCUUUGGAUAUUUCGCUCCUUGCUUACUGGAACCUUUGCGGCUGCUCAGAUACGACGGGAGGCUAUGCACAGUUCUCCUAAUCGGACGGUGCAUCCCUUGGUCGCGCAGGAGUCACAUGAGGAGGAUACUUUCAGGUCCCUCGUAUUGAUACUGCUCUUUGUCACGUUACUUCUCGUUGUGCUCAUAGUUGGGGGCCUGGCUGUGUUUUACGUGUUUCUAGUGUUAACGUCCACUACGCGUCGUGAGUCACAGCGGACGCAGUCAAAAUUUGCCACUUUAUUUCGAACCAAAUUUAUGUGGAAUAAUUUAAUGCAUGUUAUUUACCCACCGCCGUCCAUGCUAUGCGCCCCCACGCCUAAUAAGAGCCCCAUCAUCGCAUGA